AUGAACGUCGCGCGUCUCAACAUGUGCCAUGGGGACCGCGAGUGGCACCAGAAGGUCAUCAGCUCCGUGCGGAGGCUCAACGAGGAGAAGGGGUAUGCCGUUGCCGUCAUGAUGGACACCGAGGGGAGCGAGAUCCACAUGGGGGACCUCGGCGGCGCGCCAGCGGCCAAGGCGGAGGAUGGAGAAAUCUGGACAUUCAGUGUUAGAUCUUUUGAGGCACCUCUCCCAGAACUAACUGUUCAUGUGAACUACGAAGGCUUCGCUGAAGAUGUGAGAGUUGGUGAUGAUCUUCUUGUGGAUGGUGGAAUGGCUCGGUUUGAGGUUGUUGAGAAACUAGGACCGGAUGUGAAGUGCCGUUGCACAGAUCCUGGUUUGUUGUUGCCACGUGCCAAUCUUACAUUUUGGCGGGAUGGCAGUGUUGUCCGCGCGAAGAAUGCCAUGCUUCCGACAAUUACAUCUAAGGACUGGCUUGACAUAGACUUUGGAAUUGCCGAAGGUGUAGAUUUUAUUGCAGUUUCAUUUGUUAAGUCAGCUGAGGUUAUUAACCAUCUAAAGAGCUACAUAGCAGCAAGGAGCCGUGGCAAUGAUAUAGCGGUCAUUGCAAAGAUCGAGAGCAUUGACUCUUUGACAAACUUGGAGGAGAUCAUCCGUGCAUCAGAUGGUGCCAUGGUAGCCAGAGGGGACUUAGGGGCACAAAUUCCCUUGGAGCAGGUCCCUUCAAUACAACAAAAGAUAGUUAAACUGUGCAGGCAGCUAAACAAGCCAGUCGUUGUUGCUUCCCAGCUUCUCGAAUCGAUGAUCGAGUACCCUAUACCCACCAGGGCUGAAGUUGCUGAUGUUUCUGAAGCAGUCCACCAAUGUGCGGAUGCUCUGAUGCUUUCUGGCGAGUCAGCAAUGGGUAGAUAUCCGGACAAGGCACUCAGUGUCCUCAGUAGUGUUAGCUUAAGGAUUGAAAGAUGGUGGAGGGAGGAGAAGCACCAUGAGCCACUAGAACUUGAGGACGUUUCGUCUUCUUUCGCUGACAAAAUAUCAGAAGAGAUCUGCAUUUCUGCUGCUAAAAUGGCUAACAAGUUGGAAGUGGAUGCCGUUUUCGUCUACACGAAGGGUGGCCAUAUGGCCUCCCUGCUUUCACGGUGCCGCCCUGACUGCCCAAUCUUCGCCUUCACGAACUCGACAUCCAUGAGGAGACGACUGAACCUCCAAUGGGGCCUCAUCCCCUUCCGCCUCACUUUCUCCGACGACAUGGAGAGUAACCUGAACCGUACUUUCUCCCUGCUCAAGGCGAGAGGCAUGAUCAAGCCCGGUGACCUGGUGAUCGCCCUCUCCGACAUGCUGCAGUCCAUCCAGGAUGGGCAGCGCCUUACCGUCUCCGUCCGGCGCUGCCCAGGGCCCCGGUCCAUCAACGCCUGCGCUUCCCGUCCCCGCUGCCGCCUCCGCCCCCAGCCAUGCAGUGCUUCCUCCACCGCGAUCCGGUGCGGCGCCCUCGGGUCAGCAACAAGAUGGUGGUGA